AGUUGCUUGAUUCAUUCCAUGCGUGUCAACUUUGGUCGUGUAAUAUCGAGGCUUCGGCCGAACGACGAGACUCGACCGUCGCGCUCCUCUAGAGCGGCUCGGUACGCCGGAUUGCCAGCCGAUGGUUCCGUACAAGGCGAGGACUCCCCUGCUCGCGAAGCUUCGGUCACCACAGAUGAUGCCUCAGUAGAAGCUUUCGACGAUGUGCUGUACGACGAGACGAAUCCUUAUCGAGUACGAGCUACCGCGAGUGAGUUAGCCAACAGUAUGGUUACGUUGCCCGACCUGCCCUUGGGAGUGGUCAUAGUCCAUGGCAUGGCAGUACUGGGUGUUGUGCUCGCUGCACUGAUGGUUCUGAAGGAUGCUUCGACAAGCGCUGGCUUUAACGACUCCUGUGACACACCAUUGCCGCUGUGGAUCACCCUAUUCGUGGGCCGACAUGUUUUGAAGGCCAUCUUGGUCGCUGUUCGCUUCUGGCUGACUCGUCAAGGUGGCCAUGAGCUUGCCUUACCUCGAGUUACUUCAUGGAUUGUCACCUGCAAUCGGACGGGAUACUACAUCUGGAUUCUCGGAUGUUACCUCCUAUGGGUCAGCAAUAUCUGCGACAGGGGUGUGUGGAACUUCGCCAUGGUCAUGUGCCUUAUACAGUUCCUAGUGGUGGCUCUACCUGUUGCUAUAUUGUUUCUGGUGAUGUGCUGCUUGCCCUGCCUGCUCUGUUUCCUUCCCAUCAUGUUUCCACCUGAUGCCAACCAGAUCGCCACACGUGACGACAUGGUCCGCCGAAUUCCCAAAACGGAGUACCACAGACUUUUAGAGGAAUCAGGCUCACGAUCACCGAGUGAAGCCGUUGAUGUGCCCGAGAGCUGCCCAAUAUGCCUAUCAGACUUCAGUGACGAUGAUUCCGUUAUGAUCUUACCGUGCAAUACACGGCACGUCUUCCAUGAGCGGUGUAUUACACAGUGGCUGGCAGUUUCCCAACUGUGUCCCAUUUGCCGUGCUAAUAUCAGCGAUAUGGUCGACCCUGAGGCAGGAGAAGGCAGCCCCCGUGAUCUCGAGCUUGGGGACAUCCGCUGACAUGCUGCUGGAGGGAGUGCUGGGCCCAAUCGAUUCCGCGAUGAAGCCAUUCCAAACAGAUUUACAGCUUGAAUGGGCCACUUUAUAAUUUUGUGAUAAUUUUAGUGAUGACAGAAUAACGUUC